UUUUUUCUAGCGCGAAGCUUUUCAGUUAGCUUCUCAAGCCAUGUCUGAAACCUCCACCAGUGCCAGCGCCGCUGCUGGCGCCUCGUCGGAAGAUGCACUUCGACCUUCCACCGUGAAAUCCGACGAGCUGAGCGAUCCUUCUGGUUCGGGACUUACUCAGGCCUUACAUUUUUCUUCCGGGAACCCUAGAUUUGAGCAAACUAGGGGGAUCAUGCACCUCUACCGUGAAGACGUAUCCUUCUCAAGUUCCGAGCUUCCAGUAGGGAGGAAACCACUUGUUUGUGUGCUGGCAGUGCCAAAUCAUAUGACCUAUGCGGACUUCUGCCAGUUUUGUGGUUCUUUCAUUCAGCAUAUAUUAGAAAUGCGGACUGUCAGAAGUGAUGGAAUGGAGGAUCGGUACAGUAUUCUGAUGAGGUUCGAUAGUCAGAGUUCCACAGAUAAUUUCUGCAAGCAUUUCAAUGGGAGGCGUUUCUCAUCACUGGAGGUAGAGGUUUGUAGGGUCCUUUUCACUCUAGAUGUACAGUACACUGGUUCAAUUGAACAUGCACAGAGCUCCCCUGCAAGCUCAACUGAGCAGCCCUCGUGCCCCGUCUGCCUUGAGAGAUUAGAUCAAGACAUGGGUGGGAUUCUCACAACUAUCUGCAAUCAUUCCUUCCAUUGUUCCUGUAUUUCUAAAUGGACGGAUUCUUCUUGUCCGGUAUGCCGAUAUUGCCAGCAACAACCCGUGAAGACCACAUGUUCUGUUUGUGAAACUUCUGAAAAUCUCUGGAUUUGUGUUAUCUGUGGUUUUGUUGGCUGUGGGAGGUAUAAAGAAGGUCAUGCUAUCAGACAUUGGAAAGAAACACAACACUGCUAUUCCUUGGAAUUGGAAACCCAACGUGUGUGGGACUAUGUAGGAGACAACUAUGUCCACCGGCUAAUCCAAUCCAAAACUGAUGGGAAGCUAGUUGAGUUAAAUUCUCAGUGUGCAUAUGCAGAUGGUGGUUGUGGAAGUUGUGAAUGUAGUGCGGAUUCUGGAAUCAGUGAGGCUCUAUUCAACAGUAAAGUUGAAGCUAUUGUUAACGAGUAUAAUGACCUCCUUACUAGACAACUGGAGAAUCAAAGAAAAUAUUUUGAGUCUCUGUUGCUUGAGCUCGAGGAGGAGACUGAGAAAGAAAUUUCUGAAGCUGUUGAGAAGGCGGUAAAUCUUAAAUUGCAAAAGAUGCAAGCCAAGCUGGAUAAAUGUGUUGAAGAGAAGAGAUUUUUUGAUGAUAUCAAUGACAAUCUUGUGAAAAAUCAGAAAAUUUGGGAGGCCAAAAUUCUGGAAAUUGAAGAAAGGGAGAAAAAGACAUUGAUGUUGAAGGAUAAGAAAAUACAAGACUUGGAGGAACAGCUUGGAGGUUUGAUGGUGCAACUUGAAGCAGCCCAGACAGAGCUGCAGCAUCCAACAACAACUGAAGUCAAGGAUGGCCCGGAGCUGCCAAUACCAAGUAGUGCCAAGCGGGCCUCAAAGAAUAAUAACAAAAGGAGAAGCUGAUGUAUCUAAUUUUGUAGCCAAAUGAUGCUUUUGAUGUAUAUGUGUGUAUUAUGAGUA